AUGAGUAAGGAAGGAUUAGAACAGAAACCUGAGUUCCAGCACGGCUUCUUCCCAGAGCAGCCGCCACCGCCGCCGCGCUCCUCACAGUUGCAUUGCCUGCAGCAGCAACAGAGCCAGGACAAGCCCUGCCCGCCCUUCGCGCCCCUCCCGCACCCGCACCACCACCCUCACCUAGAGCACCAGCAGCCGGGCAGCGGCGGCAGCAACCCAUGCCUCCGGUGCAACAGCUGCGCCUCCUCCUCCGGUGCCCCGGCGGCGGGGGCGGGGGUGGGCGAUAACCUGUCCCUGUUGCUCAGCACCUCCUCGCCCGGCGACGCCUUCCGGACCCGCACCUCCUCGCCGCUGUCGGACUCUUCGUGCUGCUGCUGCUGCUCGUCGCGCCGGGGUAACCAGCUCAAUGUGAGCAAGCUGACGCCGUCCAGCCAUGCCAGUGCGCUCCGGCAGCAGUACGCGCAGCAGCCCGUGUCCGCCUCCCAGUACCACCAGUGCCACAGCCUGCAGCCCGCCGCCAGCCCUACGGGCAGCCUCGGUAGCCUGGGCUCCAGGCCCCUGAUCGCGCACCACAACCACCAUCCGCACUGGGUGCACCACCAACACCACCAGCCCCAGGAGCGCCGCGAGAGCAACCCCUUCACCGAAAUAGCCAUGAGCAGCUGCAGGUACAACGUGGGCGUCAUGCGGCCGCUCAGCAACUUGAGCGUGUCCCGCCGGAACCUGCACGAGAUGGACUCGGAGGCGCAGCCCCUGCAGCCCCCUGCGUCUGUCGGAGGAGGUGGCGGCGCAUCCUCCCAGUCUGCCGCCGCUGCUGCCGCUGCCUGGUCCUCAGCCCCAGAGAUCGUGGUGUCUAAGCGGGAGCACAACAACUCCAACAACCUGGCGCUCUACGGAGCCGGCGGCGGAGGAGGCAGCACUGGAGGAGGAGGCGGCGGCAGCAGUGGGCAUGGCAGCAGUAGUGGCACCAAGUCCAGCAAAAAGAAGAACCAGAACAUUGGCUACAAGCUGGGCCACCGGCGCGCCCUGUUCGAGAAGCGCAAGCGGCUCAGCGACUACGCGCUUAUCUUCUGCAUGUUCGGCAUUGUGGUCAUGGUUAUCGAGACCAAGCUGUCGUGGGGCGCCUAUGACAAGGCGUUGCUGUAUUCCUUAGCUCUGAAAUGCCUUAUCAGUCUCUCCAUGAUCGUCCUGCUCGGUCUGAUAACCGUGUACCACGCCAGGGAAAUACAGUUAUUCUUGGGGGACAAUGGAGCAGAUGACUGGAAAAUAGUCAUGACUUAUGAGCGUAUUUUCUUCAUCUGCUUGGAAAUACUGGUGUGUGCUAUUCAUCCCAUACCUGGAAAUUAUACGUUCACAUGGACAGCCCGGCUUGCCUUCUCCUAUGCCCCAUCCACAACCACCGCUGAUGUGGAUAUUAUUUUAUCUAUACCAGUGGUCUUAAGACUCUAUCUGAUUGCCAGAGUCAUGCUUUUACAUAGCAAACUUUUCACUGAUGCCUCCUCUAGAAGCAUUGGAGCACUUAAUAAGAUAAACUUCAAUAUGCGUUUUAUUAUGAAGACUUUAAUGACUAUUUGCCCAGGAACUGUGCUCUUGGUUUUUAGUAUCUCAUUAUGGAUAAUUGUCACAUGUACUGUCCGAGCUUGUGAAAGGUACCAUGAUCAACAGGAUGUUACUAGCAACUUCCUUGGAGCAAUGUGGUCAAUAUCAAUAACUUUUCUCUCAAUUGGUUAUGGUGACAUGGUACCCAACACAUACUGUGGAAAAGGAAUCUGUUUGCUUACUGGAAUUAUGGGUGUGGGUUGUACAGUCCUGGUGGUAGUUGUGGUGGCAAGAAAGCUAGAACUUACCAAAGCAGAAAAGCACGUGCACAAUUUCAUGAUGGAUACUCAGCUGACAAAAAGAGUGAAAAACGCAGCUGCCAAUGUACUCAGGGAAACAUGGCUAAUUUACAAAAAUACAAAGCUAGUAAAAAAGAUAGAUCAUACAAAAGUAAGAAAACAUCAACAAAAAUUCUUGCAAGCUAUUCAUCAAUUAAGAAGUGUAAAAAUGGAGCAGAGGAAGCUGAAUGACCAAGCAAAUACCUUGGUGGAUCUGGCAAAAACCCAGAAUAUCAUGUAUGACAUGAUUUCUGACUUAAAUGAAAGGAGUGAGGACUUUGAGAAGAGGAUCGUUACCCUGGAAACCAAAUUAGAGGCUUUGAUUGGCAGCAUCCACGCCCUCCCUGGGCUCCUCAGCCAGACCAUCAGACAGCAGCAGAGAGACUUCAUUGAGGCUCAGAUGGAGAACUACGACAAGCAUGUCGCCUACAACGCUGAGCGGUCCCGGUCCUCGUCCAGGAGGUGGAGGUCCUCCUCUACAGCGCCACCAACUUCAUCAGAGAGUAGCUAG